AUGCAUCACCACCGCAGGAAGUCUGGCCAUGGCCUGGCCAACACGUCCAUGACGGAUGUGCGGAAGGCCGUCACAGCAACAGAUCCCACUCGACUCAAGCGCCCUACUACUAGCUUGUCCAGGAGGACCACCCCGGUAGCUGUUCAGAAGCUGGGGAGGAACCCCAAGGAUAGGGAACGGGACUGGCAGGAGUCGUGGUAUGACGAGCGGGAGAGCUUCCCUCAAUACUGUAUGACCUGCGAGAAACAAUUCCUGCCACAUGAUGAGAAGCACCUCUACUGCUCCGAAGCAUGCCGCAAGUGCGACCAGACAUCAUCCCCGAUUGGCGAAACGAGACACGAACUGUACGGUCAUAAUAGUACGACCCACGCUCUGUAUGCGGAGGAAAUCCCCGAGCAUCGAGACAUCAUCCCUCGUGCAUCCCCAUCACGACCAGAUUCGAACUACUUCCAUCCACCCCUCGCGCGGGACAACGGGACCAGUCAUUACCACACGUCUGCCAUCUCGGCGCUGAGGUCACUGAACGUAGGGGCAUCGAGCCCUCCUUCUUCUUCCUUAUCGGCCCAAUCAAGCCUAUGGCCUUUCGCCAGAAGCGGCGGGACCAGCCCAAGCACGUCGUACGGCCGCGUAGGGGGCAGCACGACCUCCUGUUCGGCCUAUGAGGCGGGCUGGACCGCGACGGGCCAUGGUCUGCCAUACAGUUCUGGCGCCGGUGGCAUGGACCGCCCGUUGCCCACCAGACGACCCACGGGCUAUGCAAGACCCAAGAGCAUCGAGCUGGUCACCCCUAUGGUGGGACGCUAA